AUAAUAAUAAUGAGUGUUUUAAGAGAAAAAGUAGACACGAUCAGUAACAAGCCUCUGCCAUCAGUAAAACCGAAAAUUAUUUCGCCAGAUGAUGUGUUGAAAUUAACUAAAAUUACUGAUACAUAUUUAUGUGAUCCCGAUGCAAACAUUUACGAAAUUGACUUUACACGCUUUAAAUUACGGGAUUUGGAAAGUGGAGCAAUACUUUUUGAAAUUGCCAAACCUGUACCCGAGAAUAUUGAUGAUAAUGCUGAGAAAAACACUGAGAAUGAAGAGAUUCUAGAUCCCAAUGCUGGUAGAUUUGUGCGUUACCAAUUUACCCCACAGUUCUUAAAAUUAGCUACUGUUGGAGCAACGGUUGAAUUUACUGUUGGAAGUAAACCUGUCAAUAAUUUCCGAAUGAUAGAGCGCCACUUCUUUAGGGAUAAAUUAUUAAAAACCUUUGAUUUUGAAUUUGGAUUUUGUAUACCUUAUUCAAGAAAUACUUGCGAGCAUAUUUAUGAGUUUCCUACAUUAGCUCCUGAACUAGUUAAUGAUAUGAUAGAUAAUCCAUUUGAAACAAGAUCAGAUUCUUUUUAUUUUGUGGACAAUUGUCUUAUAAUGCAUAAUAAGGCUGACUAUGCUUAUAAUGGUGGUAUGUCAACAUAACAUUAAAUUUUGUAAACAGGGUUUUACAACAAUAAUAUUGUCUAAAUUUUUGACUUUGAGAUAAAUUUACACAAGUAUGUUAAGCAAUUGUAUGUACAAGCAUACAAAUGGGUUUAGAUACUAUUAAAAAGGACUUUUUAAUUCAAAAUAUAGAUAAAAACUGUUUAAAAUUGUAUUAGCAGAACAAAUACAUUUGUUAUAUGCUUGUACAUGAAACUAAGUUAAGAAUUUGGUAACAGGAAAAUUCAUUGGAUAUUGAUUAAAAUAAACUAAUAUACUUCAUAAUUUUUUUUGUUAAAUUUGCAAUAUUUGAAUGGUUACUUAUGGAAUAGCUUAAAAGGACAUAUUUGGAAAAAGAAAAAUAUAUAUUUAUUCUAUUAUUAAAUACAAUAAAUUAAACUUAACAAAGUUUUCCAUAUUUCAACUUUACUCAAAAAUGUAUCUAUCAUUUUGAAAUUUCAACAAUAUUUAUUGGUGUUCUUGACUUAUACAACUUUAUUAUAAAAUAAUUUUCCAAUUUAAAAUAUGAACUUUCCUGUAACCUGAGAUGCAUUUAAUUUAACACAAAUUUUAAGCACGGACACUGCUUUAAGAAAGAUAUUCACGUGGUGCGCUUGAUUGAGAUUAUUUAGAAGAGUUUACGACAAUUAUAGAGCUUUUAUCAUAAAAUACGUACUGACAACUAUCAUUCUAUUUAUAUAUUUGUGUUUAUAUUUUUUAUAAAAAAAAUUCCAGUGAAUAAUUAAAUAUGUGAUAAAAAAAAUUUGUUAAUUGAAAUUGGUGCAUUAAUCAAAAACUGUUUGUCUAAUAAACAUUUUUUAGCAUAAUUAAAUGUAUAUACAUUACUGUCCAAAUGUUUGGUAUGAAUCAAAUUUAUUUUUAUUAAAAAUUGUACAAUAACUAGUUUUGAUAAAUAUUUGGAGUGUACUCCAUCGUAUUUAUGGUCAUAAAAAAUGAAAAAAUUAAUAAUUCCAAUAUUUUUGUUCAUUUUUUCCGCACUUUUAAAAUAAAUAUAAGAAAAACAAAAUUUCUACACUUUUUCAACCAAUAAAUUUCCGGAUUUUGUCUCAGAAAACUGUUCUUUUUUAACAAUAUAGUAUUUUUUCAGAAAAUACAUAUAAAAACAAACAAUUUGAGAAAAAACCCAACCUAACCUUGUUUGGAAGUGGAGUCCACCCUAUUUGUAUAUGUAGUUAGCUACAACUGAAAUUUGUUUGGCAACAGAUGUACUGUAAACCAGUGUAAUAGUUGGUUUUACAUCUUCUACUUCAUAUAAUUAAUCUUCCUUACAUGUAGUUCUAGACCCUUUUUGCUCAAUCCUUAAUUGCUUUUGAGGCUUUUUACACUUUUUAUUAUCUACAGAUGCCAAUACUUGAACGUCUAUGUUAUCUCUACAUUGCAUGCUAUUCUUUUUCUCAAUCGGUAAAAUAUUUGCUGAAAACUUUUGGACUGUAGUGUAUAAAAAAAUUCAAAUGGUUGGGUACUUUCAUAUUAAUAUAUAUAAGGAAAAAAGAGUGACAAGGGCAUUUUUUCAAGAUUAUAUUUAUACUUCUGGCAAAAGUGAACUUUUUGUACAGGAUGAUUCAUAAAGAAUCUCUUAAACUGGAUAUUAUAGCAUUCAAAAUAUGACGAUAACAAUAUUGAAGAUUUCUGCUGCUUAUAAUUGAAAUUUGGUUUUUGAAUUUUAUCUGUUUCAGUAGUUUUCAGAAUUAAUUAGUUCGAUGUUUUCAAGAAUUUCAUAUUUUUUUUAUCUAUGAAGAAUAUAAAAAAGUAUAUGAAUGAUCAAUAUAGUAAAAUGACUUGCUUUUGAUUAAUUUUAUUCAAGGUUGGUUCACUACAUAACAACUACAUACUGAGCACACUGUUUACACUGCCACUACACCAACACUCAUAAUUACACUGUAUGAUGCACGUUUCGACAACCAAGUUAUAGUCUUCAGAGACUGAUAGUAAAUACAGUGCCAAACAGUGUAAUUGUUGUUUUGGUGUAGUGGUAGUGUAA